AUGGCUCCAAAUACCGCUGUUGCUGCCAAGAAAUCUGCCCUCAAGGGUGCCUCUUCUUCCAAGAAGUUGAAGGUGAGAACCAACACCUCCUUCCGUCUGCCAAAGACCUUGAAGUUGGCCAGAUCUCCAAAAUACACCAAGUCCGUCCCACACUACAACAGACUGGACGGUUACAAGAUCAUCCAGAACCCAAUCACCUCUGAGACCGCUAUGAAGAAGGUCGAGGACGGUAACACUUUGGUGUUCCAGGUUGACCUCAAGUCCAACAAGUACCAGAUCAAGAAGGCCGUCAAGGACCUGUACGAGGUUGAGGUGGAGUCCGUCAACACUUUGAUUAGACCUAACGGUACCAAGAAGGCGUUUGUCCGUUUGACUGCUGACUACGAUGCUUUGGAUAUCGCUAACAAGAUUGGAUACAUCUAA